GACCAUUUCGACCUCUCUCUGACGUCUCAUGCCACCAUCCCUCUCCCUACCUCACCCUCUCCCAUCUUCGCUCUCCCCGGCCUCCCCUAUCCUUCCGUCCAGCCCUCCCCCACCACCCAAAGAAAGGAUAAGUCUUAGUUCUUUCUCGCACCCAUCCACCAUCGCCGCGGUUCUCGAGCCCAUUUCCAAACCCUAGGCUGGUUUUCCUUUCCAUCCAGUCUAGGGUUUAAGCCUCAGUCUCUCCCGAGCCGUUUGAGAAUCAGGCCCCUUUGUUGAAAAACCCUAAGGUUUCAGGAUUUGGUUAUUGGUAUAAUUUGAGCUGAAGAGGUUUUUUUUAUCACCAUGGGGUUUGAUAAUGAGUGCAUACAGAAUAUUCAAUCUCUUCCUGGUGAAUAUUUCUGUCCUGUGUGCCGGACACUUAUCUAUCCUAAUGAAGCACUACAGUCCCAGUGCACCCAUCUAUACUGCAAACCUUGCUUAUCCUAUGUUGUGGCUACUACUCAUGCGUGCCCUUAUGAUGGCUAUCUUGUGACCGAAGCAGAUUCCAAGCCUCUGAUAGAAUCCAAUAAAUCACUUGCCGAUACCAUUGGCAAUGUAGCGGUUUACUGUCUCUACCACAGGAGUGGUUGCCAAUGGCAGGGUAUUUUGUCUGACUCCAUUACACAUUGUGCUGGAUGUAGUUUUGGAAACUCCCCUGUUGUUUGCAACAGGUGUGGAACACAGAUAAUACAUCGCCAAGUUCAAGAGCAUGCACAAAUAUGCCCUGGCUUGCAACCUCAAGCACAACAAGUAGAGAAUGCCCAGGCUCAAGCUUCAAUGGUUCAGAAUCAAGCUGUUACCCAAGAUACAUCAGUAGCUUCAGCAGCUCCUGCAUCAACAACAUCAACUUCUUCAACAGCUUCUGCAUCAACUGCUCCAACAACCACUGCCACAACAAUUUCAUCUACUGCUACUCCAACAACUGCUGCUGCUGCUGCAGCCCCUGCUUCCACUUCUGCAGCUACCCCUGCUGCUUCUAGUCAGGGACAAACCCAAGCCAAUGCAACAACCUAUCCACAAGCUGUGACACAGGCUCCAACCCCUGAACAGUGGUACCAGCAGCAGCAACUGCAAUACCAACAAUAUUACCAGCAGUAUCCUGGAUACUACCCUUAUCAGCAGCAAUAUCAACAGUAUGGUCAAUAUCAGCCACAAUUCUACCAACAAUAUUCUCAACCCUCGAUGCCGGUUGCUCCUCAGCAUGCUACUCAAGGACAGCAGCAGCCUUCACCUUAUAUGCCGCCCCAAUCCCAUAUCCAACAUCAUCCCCAACAACAGGCCCAGGCCCAGCCCCAGCCCCUACCUCAGCCUCAGUCUCAGCCUCAGCCUCAGCCCCAGCCCCAGGCCCAACUCCAACCCCAGCCUCAACCUCAACUUCCGGCCCAGCCACACCCCCAGGCAGCCCAGCCGCAGCUGCAGCAGCAACCUCUUCCGCAGCCACCACAACCACAUCCACAGCUCCAGCCCCAUCAACAUGCUCAAGUUCCACAAAUGCAGGCACAACAGAUUCAUGUACCUGCUCAGCAUCCACAUCACCAUCCCCAAACAACACACCCACAACCUCAGCCUCAUCCCCAAGUGCAACCACCACAGCAGCAUCCAGGAUUUCAACAGUCUAUUCCACCACAGCAACAUCCACAACCCCAAAUGCAACAUCCACAGGCCCUCACUCAACACCAGGCCUAUCCACAACCUCAAUCCCAGGCUUAUCCACAUGCCAAUUUGCAACCUCAGUUUCAACAACAGCCUCUGCAGCUGCAACCCCAUCCCCAGUCUCACCCCAAUAUGCAGCCACAGACGCAACCAGUUCUGCAGCCACAACCUCAGUAUCCAUCAGCUCGUGCGGUGACAGGACAUCAAUCUUAUCCGCAUCCUCAGGCACUCCAACAAAUCUCGCCUGGUGCCCCACAGCAACGCCCUAUGCACAUGCAUCCUCAGCAACCUGUCCAAAUGCAGAGUCAGUUUCCAUCCCAACAGCCUCCUCAGAUGCGUCCACCACAUGGUCAUUUGUCGAUGCAAGUCCAGCAACAGUCAGCUAUGCCUCAUCCUCAAGCCCCUCAUACAAAUCUUCAUCCUCCUCAACAACAGGUGCACCAGCAUCCUGGCAUGCGGCCGCAGGGACCACAGCAGGGUUUGCCUCCAUUUCAAGCACAAAGUCAUAUGCAUCCAAGCCAACCACAUCAGCAGGGGAUGCCCCCACCACAGCAUCUAAUGCAUCCUCAGCAACCUGUGCAUCCUCAGGGCCCACCUUACAUCCAGCAAUCUUUUCCUGCACAGCCCCACUUACAGCAGAAUAUGCCUCAGUCUCAGGGUAUGCCAACUCUUCCAGGUCAGGCUGUAGCUGGUCGGUCGGCUAUGAUGGUAAGUCAUGGCAUGCCGCAACAAUCAUUUCAACAGUCUACAGGUGGUCCCACUAAGAUUAUGCAGCCUGACAUGAGCCACCAAUCACCUAGUCAGAAUUCUAUGGGUCGGUCUACUGCUCAUUUGGCAACAUCAUCUGAAUUGCAGUCCGGGCCAGUGCAACCUCAGCUCCCCCACUCUGGGAGCCAGGGUACAUUAGUACCUGUAUCAUCUGCUAUGCAGCCAGGGAUAUCAGAUAAAGCUGGUCUUGCACCUGAGCUGGAGGCAGGAAUGGUUUUGAAAAUGGCUGGAGGGACUGAAGGAAAUAAAUCAGAUCAUGUGCAGAUUGGAGCGUCUGAAUCAGCUGAACUGAAGAUUCCUAACUUAAAAUCUGCAAUCAAUGAGGAAGAAGUUAUUGGAGAGGGUAAGAAGGAUAUCCAACCUGAUGGAGAUCACAAGAAUAUACCAGAAUCAGCACAGGUUCAUGUGGAAGGAAUUGAGUCACAUGCCAAAGAUGAAAAAGCAGAAGGGCCAGAGAUUAAACUGGUAAAAAAGGAGGAAACUUUCAACUUGCCAGACGUGGGAGCUGAAAGUUCACAUGUUCUUAAAGAUGUACAGGGAGACAGAGUUAUUCAAAGUCUAGAAGGUGAUCUCAAGGAAAACUCUGCACAGAUUGAGGGGAGAGAUGCACAUCUUUCACUAAAUGCUACUGAAACUAUUCAAUCUCGUCAAGUUCCUACUGAGGCUGGACGCAGGGAGUCUUUGGGCUCAGUUUCUGAGAAAACUAAUCAAAAUAUUGUCUCCCAAGGCCAUAUCUCUGGAGAUGGUGCUAAUGUACAGUCUUUGCAACAGGUGCCAGCACCUGGUGGUCUAGAUAGAAGUCAGCUGCAACAGCCGUCACGCCAAAAUGCUAUUCCAGCUCAUGAAAGAGCAUUUCUGCAGCCUGGUUAUCAUGACAGAAAUCCAUCCCAAUACAUGGGUCAGGGCCCUGGAUCAGGGGUGCUCCAAGGCAUGCCUCCAGCAGGUCCAGCACCCAGUCAGGAGAGACUCUCGCAACACAUUCCUUAUGGACAUCCUUCAAAUAUGCUGGAUGCAGCCCAAAGACCUCCUGCACCCCACAGUGCACCACAUCCUGGUCCCAUACAAGAAAGAAGGUUUCAGGAGCCUCCUCCCCAUCCAAUGCAGGUGCAUGGGCAAACUAUGAUACCAAGUCAAAUUAGACCUCAUGGUAGUAAUUUCCCAGAAACUUUACCUCAUCAGGGGCAACGAUCAGCUGUUCCAGAACCUUUCCAGCCACCUCUGGGGCAACAACCUUAUGGUCCAUAUCAUUCUGAAGUGCCAUCUGCUGGGCCUCCAGUACCAGGCUUGCCUACCUCAGCAAGGGCUCCCACCCAUCUUGGGCUCCCACAGAAAGGUUUUCCGGAUCAAUCUAUGACUGCACAAGGGCAAGGCCAAGGUCAUUUGCUGCCGCCUCAUGCUGGUGUGGCAAGACCUGCUUUUCCUGAUGGCAGGCAGCCCGAGCCACCUUUCGCCCAGUCAAGUACAAUGAAACCAAAUGGAAUUCCUGGUCAGAGACCACCUAUUGGUGGCAUGCAUGAUUCAACUUUUGCUCAUGUUUUGACAGAGGACAGGUUUAGGUCUUUCACAGAAGAAAGGUUCAGACUACUGCCUGAAGAUGGAACAAGGGCAGCUCAAGAUGAACGAUUUAGGCCUUUUGCACUGGACCAUGGUAGAGGCAUUAUAAAUCGGAAAGAGUUUGAAGAAGAUUUGAAACAAUUUCCUAGGCCAACCCAUCUAGAUGGUGAAGGUGCACUGAAGCUUGAUGGUUAUGUAUCCUCAUCAAGGCCUCUGUCUGGGUCCGAUGGAGGUCCUAGUGCUCUCCCUUCGAGACCAUUGCUUCCUUAUCAAUCAGGUGGUCCUUUUCCGACUGGUAGUUUGGGUCUAGAGCACCAUGGCAUGGAUAUCAGAGAGAGACAUAGGCCUGUCGGAUUUCCUGAAGAUUUGGGAAGAAAGUAUGAUCCAGCUCUCGCUCGUCCUGAUCUCCGCAGUUCUGUUCCUGAAUUUGGUCGACGUCGCAUGGAUGCUCUGCCUCCUCUAAGAAGUCCAGGUAGAGAAUACUCUGGCCUUCCAUCAAAUAGAUUUGGAUUAGGUAUAGAGGACUUUGAUGGCAGAGAUCCACGUGGAUUCAGCGAGCGAUCAAAAGCUUUAGCCCUUCCUUCAGAUCCAACUGGAAGUACAUACCAUGAUAGUAAGAUUCCUAUACCUUCUGCCCCAGGCUCUGGUGGAUUGCCAAGUCAUCUUUUUAAAGGUGUUCCUGAUGGUUCUGGAGGUCAUCGAAUGGAGCAGCUAGGUGCUGGUUAUCUGACUGGUAAUAUCAGAAAGGAUCUGGAUGUUCCUGAUAUUCCUCCUGUCAACUUGCAUACUGGUGAAUCACUUGGUCAUGGCUUAGCAGGUACCAAUAGGAGCAGUGAAGCAUUUGGAGCUCGAAACUUGCCUAGCCUUCUACGGGGAGGGGAACCUCUUGGACAGGGUCAGUUUCGCAUGGGUGAGCCAACUGGCUUUGGUGGCUUUAGUGUACCAGGCCGCAUUCGUGCUGGUGAUCCAGGUUUUAGUAGCAGCUAUCCUAUGCAUGGUUUUCCAAAUGAAGCUGGACAUCUUACUCCGGGUGACAUGGAUGCCUUUGAUUUUCCAAGAAAGAGAAUGCCUGGGAGCAUGGGGUGGUGCCGCAUAUGUCGUAUUGAUUGUGAAACGGUAGAGGGUUUGGAUAUGCAUUCACAAACAAGGGAGCACCAAAAGAUGGCCAUGGAUAUGAUUCUGUGUAUUAAGCAAGAGAUUGCCAAGAAGCAAAGGAUCUCUGAAGCCAACAUGCCACUCGAAGAUUCAAAUAAAUCAAGGAAGGCAAGCUUUGAGAACCAUGGGAAUCGACAGUAGACUCAUGGUUGCUGCUAUAGCUAUGGAACUGGUUCUUUGUAACUGAAGUUUCUGUGGCAAGUUAAGAUCGAUUUUGAUAACUUUGUCAUAUUGUGAACAGAUCUUGUGAUUUACUCUUUUCAUCGUUUGUUACUGCAAAAAUCUUUCUUAGCUUUGGUUGCCAGUGUUGGUGGAACUGUCUUUAUCACCUUGGUACUGGAGUUGCAGUUUUCCAUAUUGAAAAUGCUUAUUUGAGUUUUCAUUCAUGUGGGCUAAAUGGUGGUAUGAUUUUGUGUAGUUCA